AUGCUGAAACCCCAAAAGGUCGCUAUUAUAGGCGCAGGCCCCUCUGGCCUAGUCAUGGCCAAGACCCUUCUACAUAACUUCCCAGAAGGAACCUUCUCCCCCACUGUAUUCGAACAGCAUUCCAAGGUUGGCGGUCUAUGGUCUGUUGAUUUCCCCUCUGGACUCGUGGAUCCAUUGAUGCGGACCAAUCUGAGUCGGUUCACUGUUGCGUUCUCGGAUCUGGCGUGGGGCUCUGUUCUCCAGGGGGAGCGGGUUCCGAUGUUUCCUCGGGCUGGGCAGGUAGGGUUGUACCUGGAGAAGUAUGCAGAGCGGUAUCUGGCUGCGGAUGUGCUGCGGGUGGGGUGUAGGGUGAUUCGGACUGUGCGGGAGCAGAGGCCUGGGGAUGGGCGGUGGAGGGUGGAGUGGAAUUCACACAGGAAGGAGGAGGUCGAAUCGGAACGAUUUGAUUUCCUUGUCGUAGCCUCUGGGCAUUUCCGAACCCCGUAUAUCCCGGAUAUCCCUGGGAUGAACGACUUCAUGGAGAAUGUCAUCCAUAGCUCAGAGCUCCAAAGUGCAGCAGAUGCACAACGCCUGCUUGAAAAGUCAAAGUCCCCGUCAAAACCUGGGGGAAGCCCGGGAAAGCUCGUCGUCGUUGGCGGGAGUAUGUCUGGCACCGAGGCUGCUUCUGCACUUGCUCUGCACGUCUCGUCAUCCCGGUUGGAUUCCCGACCAGGCUCUCCAGAGCGAAACGAAGGAGCCGCGAACCCCGAGGUGCAUCACAUCUGCACGCGGCCCUACUGGGUUCUCCCGACCUAUUUGCCUCGGCGAUCCUCGCGCGAUGAGCGUCAAGCACACACAAUGCCCUUCUUACCGCUCGACCUGGUCCUGUAUGAUCUAGGUCGACGCGCCCCGGGAGCCGUGGAGUUUGCACUCGGUCCGACAUCACCAGACCAAGUCUCUAGCGGAAACCAGUAUUUCACGUCCCUGCUCGGGAACGAGUAUAGCCGGAUUGGCGGAAUUGGCACCGCCGCUGGAGAUCCCAGACCUGCCUGGGUAACGAUCGGAGACGACUACGCAGAGUACGUUCGAUCGGGGGCGAUCAAAAUCACCACGGGCCGAGCCUGCACCGUGCAUUCUUCUCCGUCAGGCCGGGCGACAAUCGACAUCCAGCUCUCUGAUGGACGAACGGGCUCGCUUGAAAAUGUAGCGGCCAUAGUAAUGGCCACGGGGUUUACGCCGUUCGAGUCUCUCUCCUUCCUGCCAGAAGACGUACUAUCCCUCCUCGAGUUCUCGCACAACGACCAGUUCCUCCCGCUGAUCCUGGACGGCAAAGGAAGUUCGCACGCCGACAUCCCAGACCUAGGCUUCGUCGGGUUCUACAGAGGCGCAUUCUGGGGUCCUAUGGAGAUGCAGGCCCAACGCUUAGCCGAGCAAUGGGCCCGCAGGGACCAAAACAGCGAGAGUUCCCUCCAAGCAGGUGAACUCAACGACCGGACCAGAGAGAGACAACAGGUGCGUGCGUUCCGAAACGCCGAUCCCACCGUCUCCCGCGGCCAGUUCCCCAUGGCAGACUACGUAGGGCUCAUGGAGUCGUUUGCGACGGAACUGAGUAAACCGCGUAUCCCGAUCCCCGGGCUUGCGGGACAACCGGGCCCUGUAGCUCCUGUUCGGUACGCGGCAAGAUCUGACUGCCACGGCGCCCAGUCCACCCACGACGAAAUCCAGAACCUACGACAGGUGCUGCUACCGGGUUCCGGGCCUGACUCGAGCUUACCUUGCACGGGCACGGGAACCGCCAUGGCGAUUUUCCGCGCCUUACACGGCCAAUGGAAGUUCACGAGAGCCGCGAGCAGCAGCAGCAGCAGCUCAAGCCAAGUGGCGGACGCUGAACGGGGGGACCAAGUCUCCGGACAGGCAACGUUCCAACCUCGAUACCCAUCGAGUCCAGGGUACGAAAGGGAGUACGUCUACAAGGAGACCGGAUCCGACCCCGACAGCGAUACCCAAGCCACACAGUCCACCUGGCGGCUCUACGAGGACACCUCGAUCCCAGGAAACGGCGCCCAGAUUCUCAUCUGGGCCCCCGACCCCACCCGAUCGCCGAACGAAGCCCCAGAACCGGUGCACGAGCUGAGGAUUCUGCCCGCGGAGCUGGACUCCACGGGUCCGCAUGGACGGGGGGAUUUGAUAGUUCGCACGAGGGAUGUCCGUCCACCUGGGUCAUGCGGGGAUCUGCACGAGUAUAGCUUUCAUCUGAACGGGGUUGCUAUCUCGUCGUGGGAACAUGCUGUGUUGCAGAACCCGGGAGGUGGUGGAGGAGGAGGAGGAGGAGGAGUGGAGCGAAGCAAGACGGUAUAUGAGAGGUGA